ACGGCAGUGAUCUUGGAGGCACAAUCAAAACCAGAUUAAACAACAGCGUUAGCUUCCAAAGAGUGGAUGGUGGUAACUAGCCGCCUCAAAUCCAACCACCCCACCCUUUUCAAAUCUUCAGCUCCAAACCAUUGGCGCCUCCCCGACAAGCACGACUGACAAGCACGACUUCCCAGUGUACCCCUCGCCAUGGCCUCUUCAAAACCGAGCCCCGUUUGUGCUUCGCCACACACUCUGCCUUGCGCGCAUCGCGUGACCAUAGAGCAGAACAGAAGCGAAGACACCGCGCUGAGCCACGAGAUGCCACCGCCAGAUCUUGAUUCCGUCUUAUACGGCAGCGGCGAGUCGGAGGAGUACGACGACCCGUACGCCCCCGCGGAGUCGCUCCGGCUCCGGAUCGGGGAGGACAUCGACUGGAGCGACGUCGGGGUGGCGGCGGUGCUGGAGCGGGACGACUCCACCAAGGGCGCCGGCGCCAACCCCAAGUCGGCCGCGCGCAGGAGCGCGGUCGCGAGGAGCUCGCUGUCCGCCGCGGCACUGCCGAAGGCGGCGGUGGCCGCAGUCAUCGGCGGCCUGCCCGCGGCGAGCAAGAAUAAGACCGCGCGCGAGCACGGCCGGCGCUCCUCGUGCCGGCUCGGCCGCGCUAGGGUGUUCGCGGCCGGGGAAGCCGUGGACCAUCAGGCAGAGCCGGCGUCGCCCAAGGUAUCCUGCCUCGGGGGCGUGACCGGCGUCCGGUUAGAGACGUGGCCCGCGGGUGAGGGGAGCAGUCGUCGCGGGUGGUGGUCGUGGUUUGUAGGCAACGUCAUGUGUUGCUGCUCGGACGGCCGGUGCGCGUGGAGGCCGAGGGGGAGCGGAGCCGACUAGCCAAGACACGGCGGAGUUAGCCGGCGCACGCAGUGGCCGUUGAAGGCGCUCGCCCUGCCGACGGAAGUGGCCAGGAGGCAUCGGAACAUCGGAUCGACUGAUUGUUCAUGCCAUUACAAAGACAUUUCCAAAUAUUGUCCAAGUUAACAGUCUUUGUUUGCUUUGAAAAUUACAAUUUUUAUGUAGGUAUUUAACCCUCUCUUCCAUUAAUCACAUAGUCAUAGCCCAUUGUAUAUGCUCUAAAAUAUUUGUCCAAGUUCAUAGUAUUCAUGAACGUUUUAAUUUGUCGGCUGAAAAUGUUAUCGAAAGGACGAAAACUUGUCUCCAUCUUGAUUACUGCUCCUGCCCCUCUCAAAACGGCGCGCCUUUUGACUGUUGAACUCGGGCUUGUUUCGGCCGCGCG